CAGGUCUGGAAGCAUACUCACUGGGAUUUGCACAAAUGCAGAGGAUGAUGUGCAGACAAGUACCAGGAACUCAACCAGAGAAUGGAAGCAAACAAUGACCGAAAGCUAGGUUACUCUGUUUUCUGUUCUUUUUGUUUAGGAGCUCUACCCAUCGUGCACUACAGGCGGGGCCAAAGCUUCAGAGUACGGCUUGUAUCAAUUAUGUGCUUGAUGUUGAUCUUCGUCGUUGCACAAUCAACUACCGAGCCCAAAGAUCUUGCAGUACAGCAUAAUGACAUCUUCCGAAGGGCCUACGGCGGUCCGAACUCUGCACUUUGUUAGUGUAGGGACUCUAGUAC